UUAUUGCAAAUUUGCGAUAAUCGUUAUCUCUUUCGUUCCACUUUUAAUCUCGUUUAUAAAAAACGGCUGCAGUGAGUAAUUGUGUAAAGCGUUCAGUUUAAAGUGCACGGUGAAACACAUCGUAAUAAAAGAAUGAUAUUAUUGUUUUUAGCACUUGUGUGUGUGUUGUAUUUUCUCGUGUAUAUUUAUUACAAACAUGUUUACAUUUUCGAAAAACAUCUUAAAUGUUUUCCCUCGCCGCCAGAUAUUCCCAUUUUGGGUCACGCUUUAGAUUUUGCAUUUACCGAUAAAGGAUUUUUGGAUGUUUUAAUGCAUUACACAAGAAAUUAUGGAGACAUAGUUCGCGUCAAAACGGGCCCUCAUCGACAACUACUUCUCAUUUCCAAUUACAACUUUUUUCAAUUUGUUCUUACUAAUAUGAAAAUUUUAAAAAAGUCUGUGGAGUACAGAUAUUUUCAUAAUUGGUUGGGAACAGGGCUCAUAACUUCAAGUGGCGCCAAAUGGAAAAGACAUCGCCAAAUUAUUACGCCGACGUUCCAUUACAAAAUUUUGGAGGAUUUUGUUGACAUUUUUGAAUCAAAUGCAAAAAUAUUGGUUAAAAAGUUCGAGUCUUGUUCAGAUAGUACAUCUGUGGAUAUUUUUGAUUUAGUUAACUUAUGUACUUUGGAUAUCAUAUGUGAAAGUGCAAUGGGAACGUCAGUAAACGCACAAUUAAAUUCUGACUCAGAAUAUGUUCAGAGUGUUAAAAAUAUGCUGGAUAUUGUAAUAGCACGGGUUUUCUCACCAAUUAAAAUGACCGACUGGACUUACUUUUUCACUGAAGACUACAGAAAGGAGAAGAAGGCCCUCAAAGUCAUCCAUUCAUACACGUGGAAUGUUAUUAAACGUCGCCAAGAGUUUUUGAAAUCGGAAAAAAAUGAAAAUCAUGCAGGGUAUCAAAAACGGAAGGCUUUUCUCGAUCUUCUUUUAGAAGCUAAUAGUAAUGGCGAACAAUUAACUCUUGAAGAAAUUCGUGAAGAAGUCGACACGUUUAUGUUUGCGGGUCACGACACGACGGGUACUGGAAUAGCUUUUAUUUUGUUUUGUCUAGCAAAUAAUGCUGAAGAACAGGCUAAAGUAUUCAUGGAACAAAAGCAGCUCUUUGGGGAUAAUUUUGAACGUCCUCCAACUUUUCAAGACUUAAAAAAUAUGAAAUACCUCGAGAUGGCAAUAAAAGAAUCUUUAAGACUUUAUCCUCCUGCUCCCUUCUACUCCAGAGAACUGGACCAUGACGUACUGUAUGAAGGAACGGUUUUACCUAAAGGCCUCACUCUCACUCUAUUUUCCUACGCCCUUCACAGAAACCCGAAUUAUUUCCCAGAACCAGAGAGAUUUUUGCCGAGUCGAUUUCAAAACUACGAUGGUAAAAUGCCUUUUGCAUUUUUACCUUUUAGUGCCGGCGCCAGGAAUUGUAUAGGGCAAAGGUUUGCAAUGGCGGAAAUGAAAAGCGUUGUGUCCAGAAUUUUGAGGAGUUUUGAACUUUUGCCAUCGAUUCCAUCACAUGAGUUGAAGUUGGCGUCUCAAACGAUUCUCAUUUCUUCUAACGGGGUUCGGAUACGAUUCAGAAAACGGCUAUAAGUGCUUGGAAAAUGUCGUGUUGUAUAAUUUUUUUAUUAUAAUAUUUGUACUUAUAAAUUAAAUAAAAAAUGGUAAGGCAUA